AUGACGGAGUCAAGUUCGACAGAACAAUUCUAUCCGAACACGUUGAUCGUAAAGGAAAUUUCAAGUUUUAUCGAUAAUGAACAAUACGACCAAGCUUACAACUAUCUCAUCGCUUUAACCGAUCAACAAAUCUAUGAUGGCACAUGGGAUUUAUGCACCUAUUUAUUCUAUUUAGGAGAGAAAUCAACGGAUAAACUGUGUAAUGAGAAUGAAAUCUACGCGCAAGACGCAUUGAAAUAUGUUGCUGAACAUGGAAAUCCAAGAGAAAUGUUGAUUAUUAUGUUAGAGCAAUCGGAUAAAUUUAUAACUGAUGACGCCUUUUUAUUUCAUAUGAAGUUGUUUUUAUUAAUUCUUAAACGUUUACCCAUUAAGCCUAGUUUAAUCAAUUCUCUACAGGAUAUUCUUACGCUACUGCAGUGCCAUCUGCAUACACUUGAAAUACCAGCGAUAAGUCAUGAUUUUGCAGGGAAAGAUCUGUUGGUGUUCAAUCACGAUCAUCGAAUCAAUCGUCUUCUGAAACUAACGCAAGCGUGUGUCGAGUUUUUCUGUGAACUUCGUGAUUAUUUUUCCACCACGACAGUUAUCGACAUUCGAUCAAUGUUAACGAAAUCUCUGAUAACACUUCUACAAGAUCCACUGAUCGCCUUAAGUUAUGAACCAAUAAACUCUCAAGAAAGUUCGUCGUAUACAUCUAUUCGUCCACUGUUAGAUUGUUUGUUUACGCUGACACCAAAUCCAAUUCGAAUAAUCGAUAAAGACGAACAACAAUCGACGUUAGUCUAUUUAUUAUUAACAAAAGAUGAUAAUUUUAAUCGAUUGCCUUGUGUUUAUUCACCGAGUUACUAUUUAUUCCUAAGUAUUCCAUUUAUUCUACAAUUGAGUCAAGAUCACGAGCGUGUCAUGCUGACAGAGAAAGCUUGUACACUUACUUCAAGUGUUUGCUCACGUUUAGUACCCGGAAAAGAAUUCGAUCAAUCGAUACUAGACAACAAUCAACUUCAUGAACUUAUUGAUGCAUUGAAAAUCUUACUAGUUCGGUCACCUGCUCGACAGUAUGCAUCGUUAACAAUCGGAGCCUACCGUUCGUUAUUUCAAGCAUUUACUCCACUUGGUCGGUAUGACUUUCUCCGACAACAGCUAGCAAAAACAUCAUACCGAGAAGAUUCUUAUCGAACAUUUCUCUGUACAUUAUUCAAAGAUGAAUUUUUGUCCGAUUAUCGGUCUGGGUCAAGUGAGAUCUAUAAAGGCGCAUUGCUCUUUCAACUAUUAGACUAUUUAUGUCGUUUACCGAAUGGCGUUGAAUCAGACCUACUGGAAAUUUAUGACUGUCUUUGUUCGUCAUUGAAUCUCAUUCGUUUUAUUGGUUUAGUCGAUAAACAAAGCGUGAAUCGAACUUUAUUUUGGAGUGAACGGUUAACAGCUCUCAAUGAAACAUUCAUGAAACCUUUGAGAAAAUCAAUUCAGUUAGCACGCGCACAUUAUAAAUUGGAGAUACGCAACAAAAACGAUGACAACAAUCAGCAAGUACAGCAACCGGUGAAUACUGAAAUUUUAGUCGAUAAUAUGCCAUUAGCAAUGCCAAAUAAACAAGAACAACUGGAAACAUUACAUACAGCAGUGACCAAAUUUGAUGUUCUGGAUUGUAUACUGAGUAGUUUAAGUGACACGUUCGCCGGUGAACUUUAA